UACAAAAAUGAUAAAAAUACCUAUAGUAUCAACUACAUGUUCAAUGCAUACUACAACUACAAGCAGCCCAUCAACAACCUCAACCACAACCCAUCCAACAACUACAACAAGUUUACCAACAACAACCACAACAACCCAUCCAACAACUACAACAAGUCCAACAACAACCACCACAUCAUCUACAUCAACAACACAAACAACUUCCACCUAUGUCACUAUCACUUCAACAUCUGGCACAACUACUUCUACAGUGCCUACUACAUCAAUGACUACAUCAUCCACAUCAUCUAUACCUACUACAACUACAUUAUCUACAACCAUUGUAACUACAAGUACAAAGACCACGUCAGAGCCUACCACUUCCUCAACUCCAACUACUUCAUUCUCAACAAUCACCACAUCAACAAGAUGCUAUUGUCAAGUACAGACAACCUUAUAUAUCAGUGGUGAACGUCUCUAUACGAUUAUGGACAAGGCUGGCUGUGAAUAUUAUGCAUUAUGUAAUGAUACAUGUCAAGCACAAAGAUAUGUUGGUGAUUGUACUACAACCGUCAGCACAUCAUCUACAACAACUGCAGGUCCCACGCCAACUACAA